AUGACUAGAGUAACAACAAUAUAUAUUCCUUCCAAAGUUAAUUCAAUUGCAUAUGCAUUUUCUGAAGGUACGAUUCUACAAACUAUAUCUGUUUCUCCACAAAAUCAAAAUUUUCGAGUUGAGAACUCAAUAUUAAUUCAAAUAGAUCAAAACUCUGCUCAUUCAUAUCCUCAUAAAAUAGGUGGCUCUCUUAUUAUCCCAGAUAAUAUAGUGAGUGUUGCGCCAGCUGCAUUUUCAAAUUGCGAAAUUACAUCUGUAAAGUUGCCAUCAACCAUUACUUCAAUAGGAGAAUAUAGUUUCAUUAUUAAUCCACUUACUGAAAUUGAAAUCCCUGAUUCUGUGACAUAUAUUGGCAGAAAUGCGUUCACUGCAUGUAGGAGUUUGAAAAUAGUGAAACUUUCAAAUAAAAUUAAAACACUCCCAGAGAGUUGUUUCGAGGAAUGUGGAUUGACAUCAAUAACGAUUCCAGAUAGUGUUAAAGUAAUUAACGAUAAAUGUUUUGUAAAAUGUCCAAAUCUUGUUGAAGUCGUGUUGCCAGAUAAUUUAACACAACUUAAUGGUAAAGUAUUCGAUGCAACAACAAAUAUCAGAUUUUCGAACAAUUCUAAAUUCUACAUCACAUCAGACUACGUCAUCAUGGACAAAGAAAACACCACAGUUGUUCAGUACAUCGGUAGUAACUCAGACACAAACAUCAAUAUCCACUUCAAUGCUAGUGAGAUCAAGAAAUCAGCAUUUUCAGACAAAACACUCUUACGAAGCAUCACAUUCCCAGUUGAAUCUAAACUCAAGACCAUCAACGACUAUGCAUUCAGCAACUGCUACAACCUCGAAUUCAUCGGUCUUCCAUCUAACAUCGUCUCCAUUGGAAGCAACUCAUUCAGCAACUGCUACAAACUGCAAACCAUUUCUCUUAAUUUUUGCAAUCGAAUUGGUACUAGCUCAUUCAUUAACUGCAUCAAACUUGGUGAAAUUAUUUUCGAAGAGAGUUCUAUCACUAACAUCCCAGACAGCUGUUUCUACAACUGCACAUCAAUCACAACACUUAAGUUACCAAUUAAUCUUGAAACAAUUGGUGAUAAAUCAUUUAUGCUUUGCACAUCAUUGACUAGUGUUACAUUCCAUGUUAAUGUUAGUUCAUUUGGUGACAGCUGUUUUCGUCAAUGCAACAUCAAACAAGUUCAUAUGGGUAUUUGCAAAACAUUUCAAACACUUAGUGACAACUGUUUCCGAGACAACAGUCUCUUAGAAACUAUUGAAUAUCCACGAGACUUGCAUACACUUGGUGCAUUCAGUCUUAGCAACACAUCUAUCACAUCAUUUGACAUCCCUCCAUCUCUUGAGACUAUCAGCUCAGACACAUUCACAAACUGCUUCUCACUCAAGUCUAUCAACAUUCCAUCAGACUCACGACUUAGUCUUAUCUCAGUUGGUUCAUUCCGUAACUGCAUCAAUAUCGAGAACAUCGUCUGCGAAAGCGAUUCAUACCGUGUUGUCACAGGUGCACUCUUCAACAGCGAGAUGACAUCUCUCAUCUUGUUCCCACCUGCAUCUAAAGUGAAAUUCUUCUCACUUCCAGGCAGCACUAAGACUAUUGGUGAAGGUGCUUUCAUGAGCUGUGUUAAUCUUCUUAUUGUCAUGAUCCCCAGUGGUAGUGUUUCAACCAUCUUACAAAGUGCAUUCGAAGGUUGCAGUAAUCUUAAGAUGAUCAACAUUCCAUCUAGUGUUAUCGAAGUUGGUGACGAUGCAUUCAAAUCGUGUGAUCAUCUUUCAUGCGAAUGCGAGAUUGAGAAUCGAAGCAAAAUCUUCUUGAACCAACUCAUCAACCAUUGUAAACUUCCUAAACGCUGCAUCUAUGACUGUGAAUCUCUCUAUUCAUGUCGUAUCGAAUUCAGCAUUCAUACAAAUCUUCUCAUUCAUCCAUUCAUUGUUAUGUUAUUGUAA